AUGUCCAUGGGUUUCCUGUGGGUGGUUAUUUGCAUGAACAAUAUUAUUUGGUUGAGCUUUGUUUCUGUGUCGACAGCCGAGCUUCAGCGAUUUGAGCACCCUGUCAAAGCCGAUGGGUCACUUAGCUUUUUGGCGAUUGGUGAUUGGGGUAGAAGGGGUGCUUACAAUCAAUCUCAAGUAGCUUAUCAGAUGGGAGAGAUUGGAGCCAAAUUAAACAUAGACUUCGUGAUCUCUACUGGGGAUAAUUUUUACAACAGGGGAUUGACCAGCGUAAAGGACCCUGCGUUUGUGGAGUCGUUUACUGAAAUCUACACUGCUAAGAGCCUCCAAAAGCAAUGGUAUAUUGUUCUUGGCAACCAUGACUACAGGGGAAAUGCUUUGGCCCAAUUGAGCCCAGUCCUUAGGAAGAUCGACAGCCGCUGGCUUUGCCUCAGGUCCUUUCUUGUUAACACAAAAAUUGCAGACUUCUUCUUCAUCGACACCAAUCCUUUUGUGGACAAGUACUUUCUGAGGCAAAAGCACUACCAGCAUGACUGGAGAGGUGUGCUUCCUAGGAAACAGUACCUCUCCAACCUCUUGAAGGAUCUAGAUUUUGCAUUGAGAAAUUCUUCUGCAAACUGGAAAGUUGUCGUCGGACAUCAUACAAUCCGAAGCAUAGGGCAUCAUGGAGACACCAAAGAAGUAGUAGACCAGAUUCUUCCCAUUCUAGAGGCAAACAACGUUGACGCGUACAUAAAUGGACACGACCACUGCUUGGAACACAUAAGCAGCACCAGCAGCCAAAUCCAAUUCUUGACUAGUGGCGGUGGGUCGAAAGCAUGGAAGGGUGACAUUAAAAUGAAAAGAGACGGGUCCAAGUUUUACUAUGACGGGCAGGGUUUCUUAUCUGCACAAUUUACAGAGACUGAUGCAGAAUUUGCAUUCUACGAUAUAUCUGGCACACUUCUACAUCGUCUGAAUCUAUCCAAGCUUCUUUACGAUUCCAUGUAG